AUGAAAAUGGCCCUGUCGAUGUUUUGCCUCAAUCACUUCCGUGAUGUUAGAGUAGCAAUGAUCAUGAUUUUUCUUCUCGUGAAACCUCAAGCCACAUGUGCCACAAGCGAAGUCAUCAAUCCAGGGGAGAGAAUUUACAAGGAAGGAAACGUUACAAUCGGCGGCCUCUUCCCAGUUCACGUGAGAGAUAAAUUUAUAUCGAAAUAUAUGGGCUUAGCCGAAGCCAUGGUUUUUGCCGUCGAAAAUAUCAACAAUAACUCAAAUCUCUUACCAAAUAUCACUCUUGGAUACGACAUCUCCGACACAAACCUUAAAAACCGCCGGGCCAUGAAAUCCACUUUGGACUUUGUGAAUGUUCAUAAAUUUGCUUUCGCGAACCCUGAACUCAAUGAAACUUGCACAAUCUUACCCAAGGGUAAAUUUUCUCCGGUGGUCGCUGUAGUUGGGACCGGAACUUCGCGCUCCUCGAUUCUGGUGUCGAAUUUAUUGGAAGUGGAAGAUAUCCCGCUUAUAAGCUACGCUGCUACAAGCGAUGAACUCAGUAGCAGCGCCUAUCCAUCGUUUUUUCGCACUGUCCCUCCGGAUCGUUUUCAAUCCAAAGUCAUGUCGGAUAUUGCCCGUAAUUUCAACUGGACGUAUGUGGCUGCCGUAGCUGUAGAUGACGCAUACGGGCGAUCGGGGAUUGAAUAUUUCCGCAAGCAUUCAAAACCUCUGGGAAUUUGCAUUGCAUACGAAACAUAUUUCCCGUCCAACGGUCAGAGAGGGAAAGAGAAAAUCCGAACUAUUAUCGAGGACCUGAAAGAGAGGGAAGAAAUUGGUGUUAUAAUUCUGUAUUGUACCAGUUCCCCGGCUGUAGAUGUUCUUACAGAAGCUCUUCGCCAAGGUCUCACUGGUCGCACUUGGAUUGCUAGUGAAGCUUGGGGAAACCAUGAUCGUGUAAUCAAGCACACAGACUUGCAACCCAUCCUAAAAGGAAUGCUAGGGGUUGUAUUCACGAGCAUUACUGUACCUUCAUAUAAACGUUACCUUCUGUCACGCACUUCUGCUUACAGGUCAGAGCCAUGGUGGAGGCACUUCUGGGAGAGACAAUUCGGUUGCACUUUUAACGUCACGCCAUCAAAUGGGCUGGAACGAUGCUCAGACCACCUUAAAAUCACAGAGAAUAUCUACGAAGAAACUCUAGCCAGCAGCAUGUCUACCUAUGUUAUAAACGCUGUGUAUGCAAUAGCGCAUGCGUUAGACGCCAUAUUCAGGUGUGAAUCUUCUUUAGUGAGCCAAUGUCCUAAGACACAACCUUUUGUUGAACCACAAGACGUUUUGCAAUACUUGAAAAAGGUUAAUUUCACUACUGAAGUGUCCAAUGUGUUUUUCGAUGAAAAUGGUGAUUCCCAAGCAUCUUACAGCAUCAUCAACUAUCGAGUUGACAACAUAACAGGCGGCCAAGUGGAAACUGUGGGGACUUGGGAAGAGGGAAAGCUCCAACUCAACAGCAGUCUCAUAAUGUGGAACAACGGCCUGAAAGGAACUGAGGUCCCGCGAUCGGUUUGCAGCGAGAGAUGCAAGCCGGGAUACCGACAAACACAGGAGCUAAACUGUUGUUGGCAGUGCAUCAGAUGUUUACAGGACACUAUUUCCAGCGUGUUUGGAGCGAUGAAUUGCACGCCGUGUGGUGAAGAUCACAUUUCAAAUGAAGCGCGCACGCAGUGUAUGCGUGUUCCUGUCGAGCGCAUUCAAUGGGGAGAUUCGUUAGGAGUUUUAACCGCUUUUUUCGCUGUUUUGGGAAUUGUGGCUUCGAUCCUUGUUGGAGGAGUGUUUGUCUGGCGUAAUGACACUCCAAUCGUUAAAGCAUCUAAUCGGGAACUCAGCUACACAUUUCUAUUCAGUAUAUGUAUGAACUAUCUAGGGGCCUUGAUCAACCUCGCCGAGCCAACUGAUUUUAUUUGCCCAUUACAACAAGCUUGGUUUUAUAUUUUCUACACUGUUGCUAUAUUAGUCCUCGGCGUCAAAACGAAACGAAUUGUACAUUUGUUUGAAAAUCGAGUUCCACGGUCUGAACUCACCCAAUCAUUCGUCCAGAGACACAAGCACAUUCUAAUACUAGUCGGCGUUAUAACCCUUGUGGUAUUCAUUCUCAUUACGUGGUUUAUCGACGACAUUCCACGGCCCCAUGUGGACAAAUCCAUCAGAACCCCUCACUAUUUGGAGUGUUUGGCAAGUUCCAGUGUGCUUGGAAAAGUUUGCCAGUAUCUCCUCAUUGCCAUUCUUGUCAUUGUUUCCGCAGUCUGCUGUUAUUUUGCAUUUAAAUCCAGGAAAUUGCCCCACAAUUUUAAUGAAGGAAAAUUUAUCGCGUUCGCAUUGUACACCAUCGUGAUCUCUUGGGUGACUUUUUACCCAGUUUAUCUGAACAUACGGGGUAAAUACUCUGUUGUUAUCGCGGGUGCAGCUUCCAUCAUCGCCGCCAGUGGACUACUGGUAUGUAUCUUUGCGCCAAAAAUUUAUAUAAUCCUCUUACAUCCUGAGAAAAAUACGGUCGCUUACAUGAAAAGCCAAAUUACAAACCACACCCUCCGUAGGAGUGCAACGAUUGCAGAGUCCCGGCACAGGUCAUAUAACAGCCCGGAGAGUAACCCGGCCGCAGGGACCCCUACGGGGACCUCGGUUCAGGCGGCGACUUCGACGUCAUCGAGGCUGGAUAUCGUAGGUCCGAAAGUGACAGAAGCGGAAAUUCAGAAGGCUGUUACUGCCUUAUAA